AUGUGGCUGCUACAUACGACGACACUCGAGCUGCGUGAGUUCUCUGAUCCGACACAGGUUCAUUAUGCGAUUCUCUCGCAUGUAUGGAACACACAGGGACCUGAAGCCACAUAUCAGCAGAUUCACUCCGCUGUCAUCCGCGAUCUCGGAGAUGACCCGUCGCACGACCACGUCCAAGAAUACCUCUCGAGUCGCUCAACCCUACCAAGCAAGAUUCGGGACUUUGUUGCGGUCGCGCGCUCCAAAGGCUACGAGUACGUCUGGUUAGACACGUGCUGCAUCGACAAAACUAGUAGCGCGGAGCUUUCAGAGGCCAUUAACUCAAUGUUCCAGUGGUAUGCCCAAGCCUCCGUGUGUUACGUAUUCCUGCACGAUGUCGAUGGCUCCGAGCAUCCUGCCGCUCCGAAUAGUGCCUUUCGAGCCAGCCGCUGGUUCACCCGUGGCUGGACCCUGCAAGAGCUCGUGGCUCCCCGAUAUGUCGCUUUCUUUUCGAGAGACUGGACGCUCCUGGGAACGAAGGACAGCUUAGCCAACGUCAUCGAGGCAGUGACACAUAUCAGCACCACGGUUCUUACCCACGGGGUGGCGUUGAACUCCGUCAGCAUUGCCGAACGCAUGUCCUGGGCUGCCGAGCGCACAACUACUAGGAUUGAGGAUAGGGCGUACUCCCUUCUAGGUAUCUUUGGCAUCCACCUACCUACCAUCUAUGGCGAAGGACAUCAGUCUUUCAUUAGGUUACAGGAGGAGAUCCUUCGGCGAAUCCCCGAUCAGACACUCUUUGCAUGG